AAAUUCUAAAGCAAAAAAUUGUAUACUUGUAAACAAUCACUAAUUUGCAUAUUUAACUAUUUUACUACAGCUACAUCAUGUAAUUAAUCAAAUAAAAUUUCAUUUAUUGUCUAAAUAUCAGCUAUUUCUCAAUUUUUGCCAUCUGGAAAACCACAUUCGAAUCUUGGGUACAGUCCAUGUGACCCGAAUCUGUUGGAACUCAUUCCAUCCGAGCUCUCUCUCUUCUCUCAUCCAUAAACCCUACCAAAAUCCCAGCCGAAACUGUUUUCAAUCAACCAAGAAGGAUGCGAAAUCAUCAGCGAUGGCUUCUCCUUCUUCUCCGUCACCAUUCUCUAUCUCCCCCUCACAUUUCCCGGAACCUCAGCAAUCGACCUCCUUUUCAGGUAAAUCGAUCUGUCACUUCUUCAGCUAUCUACUCACGCGCAUCUCACAUACUCUCUUAUCAACGAUCUACCUUUCGUAAUUUCUCCACAUCUGAAUUAGCCGUCGAGCACAAAGAUUCUGAUCAAAUCCCUAUUUUAAAUGCUAUUUUCUCUAAACCAAAUCGGACUAAUGACGAAAUUAAGCUUGAUUUAGAGUCUAAUAAUGUGAUUAUCACACAUGAUUUGGUUAUUGGGGGUUUAAGGAGCUUUAAUACUGCUCCUGAUUCGGCGCGUAGGUUUUUCAACUGGGUUACGGAGAAUGAGAGUGAGAGGUUGAGUUCAAAGGUGUAUAAUUACAUGUUGGGGAUAUUAGGGUCUAAUGGAUUAGUUAAGGAGUUUUGGGGUAUGGUUGAUGUUAUGAGAGGUAAAGGGUAUGGAGUGUCGAGGGGUACGUUUAAUCGGGUUAUUGAGAGAUUUGAGAAGGAGGAGAUGAGUAGCGAUGUGAAGAAGCUGAAAGAGUUGUAUGGUUCUAAUGAGUUGGUUGCGAAUUCGAGCAAGGAAGCUUGUUCUAGGGUUUGCAAAUUGAUUCGUGGAAAUGUAUGGGGAGAUGAUGUGGAAAAGCAGCUGCGAGAGUUGAAAAUCGAGUUUACUAGUGAAUUGAUUAGUAUGGUUUUGGAGAAGCUUGAAUAUGAAAUUAAUAAGGCUUUGAUAUUCUUUAGGUGGAUUGAAGAGAGUGGUGUGUUUAAACACAACGAGCAGACAUUUAAUGCUCUCGCGAGGGUAUUGGGUAGGGAAGAGUUAAGUGAGAAGUUUUGGAAGUUGGUUGAUGAAAUGAGAACUGCAGGGUUCGAAAUGGAAAGAGAAACGUAUAUUAGGGUUCUGGAAAACUUCGUUAAGAGAAAAAUGAUUAAGGAUGCGGUGGACUUGUAUGAGUAUGCUAUGGUCGGCGUAAACAAGCCAUCCUCGCACGACUGCACUUUGCUAUUGAAGAAAAUAGCUGUUAGCAAGGAGCUUGAUUUGGACUUGUUCAAAAAAGUUUUAAGGGUCUUCACAGAAAGUGGCAAUUCAUUAACUGGUGCUAACCUCGAUGCCGUUCUCAAGUCUUUGACGAGUGUUGAUAGAUUUGGUGAAUGCAAUAAGAUAUUGAAAGCAAUGGGGGAUGCUGGUUUCACACCUAGUCCUAAUCAGCAGAACAAAAUUGCUUUUAAUUUGGGUAGUAGUGGGAAGGAUAAGGAAUCAAAUGAGUUUAUGAAUUACGUAGAAUCAACGGUUUCUACUGCAAAGUCUGAAACAUGGACAUCCUUAAUUGAAGGAUACCGUGAAGCUGGUGAUCUGGCUAAAGCCUCAGAUGCAUUUGAAAUGAUGGUGGAAAAGGAAGGGCCGUCCCAUGCUGGGUAUGCUUUAGAGCUUUUAGUGUCCUUGUACUGCCGCAAGAGAAGAGCGAUUCAUGCAUUCGAGCUUGUCGAGAAGAUGGUCUAUCAGAAAGAACUACCUGUGUGGCAUACCACAUAUAAGUUGUUGAUCGGAAAAUUAUUGGCUCAACGAGGUUUCGGGGAAGGUCUGCAUGUUCUACAUUUCAUGUUAAUUCAAGGUUAUCCACCUUUUCUGGAUCCCUUCAUCAAAUACCUUUCCAAGACUGGAAGUGCUGACGAUGCACUUGCAUUUACGUCAGCAAUGACUCCGAAGAAACAUCCAUCAACUUCUGUAUAUCUCAAUUUGUUUGAAGCAUACUUUAAAGCAGGAAGGCGGAGUGAAGCGCAGGACUUCCUUGCAAUAUGCCCCAAGUACAUUAGGAACCACGCAGAUGUUUUGAAUCUUUUCUGUUCCAUGAAACCCCAGAAAGCAACUGACACUAUUCGUGUGACUGCAUAGGUUCAGAUGGAUACAUCCUCUAGUUUUUUUGUGUCGCAAGGUGUUUGGAUAAUAUUUUCUUAUUUAAGUUUGUAACCUGUCUAUGCUUUCUUUAAAAUGUUGGGAUUUAGUUCCCUUAGAAACCGUUUUCCAGCAAUAGUUCACUUGGUGAAAUUAAUUGACACAAAUAAGACAUAAUUGCAUUGGACUCAUCAAAGUUAUUGGUGAGCACUUCAUCUUGUUA